AUGCUCGACGAGACCUACUAUCGUAAUCUGUUGCGCGGUCGCAUCCGCCUCGCCUAUUUGAGUUUCACCAUGGUCUCAUUCCUAAGCUCCAUUGGCUAUCUAAUUUGGUCAAUUGAUUGGAUCAAACAUACGACGAAUUGCGGAAGAAGCGGCAUUUUCAUAUCCUAUUUCGCCAUUGUCGCUACCGUAUUCUACGCGGGUCUCGCCACGAUCGGGCUAUUUCUAUUCCGAAGACCUACUAGGAUCUUAUCGAGAAUCCUUAUCGGAUUCGCUACUAGUAGCUCAAUAUUCGUAAUUGGCAUGAUUUUGAUCAUGAUUAUCUCCAUGAUCGCCAGUUUUGAGCCAUAUUGCCUAAGGGAUAAGAAUACGUUUGACGCCAUCUACAUUAUCAUUCUAACAGGAAUCACUUGCACUAUUCACGUUUCACUCCUAGUUUUCGCGAUAAUGGUUCGAUAUCCGGCGAGCUCACACCUACCAACCUAUCGCGAAGCGAUUUCAGCUACCGGCGCGAAUCGCAUGACGGAACGAAAGCCGAUCGUCCUAAAAGCCACAGGAACUGCAGCAUGGAAGCUAAGAAUUUAUUCGAUUCUCCGAUAUCCGAUGACGCGCACUGGACCCGCCGUCACCGCCGCCGUCGCCAUUUAUCUCAUCGCGUUCAAUGUCGGAAUGAGGCUUUGGAAAGGCGACGAGCAUCCGCUGAAUCGAUUCGUGUGGCGGAUACGCGAACAAGAAGGCAGCUUGAAUCCGGAAUUGCUGUAUAAGAAGAAGAUUGUUCAAGACUAUCAUUAUUCGCGAAUUUUCGACGCUAAAGACGACCCGCCGCAUCUAGGAUAUUAA